AAGCAAAAUGGGUUAAUGCCACAGAUGGAAGUUUGGAGGUCGUGCGGCUGUAAUGAGUGGCAUGGGCAUGGGAUUGAGCACAUUGUUCGCCUCUCCGACAGACUCUCCCACUCGGUCAGCAAGUCCUUCCAAAGACGCAAAAAACAUACAGCAACAGGUAUUACACGCCGAAGGUCUAUGUGUAUGGCACUUCAGGUCCCGAAGUGUCAAGAUCACCACUCUACCGCCCACGCCUACACCCACAGCCACACCCGCAACCACGCCGAUAGCCACGCCCAAGGAACCCACACCCAGCAUUACACCCGUACCUACCACGUCUUCAGCCAAUACACUUGACACCCGCACGGUACCCGGUCCUAAAGACUCGGGUGCAGGGCAGGAGCAGACCUUCACCACCUUCAUGCACACCGAACGCAUUGGUAUGAAUGAUGUCCCAAGUGCUGGCGGGGCGGUGGGGUUGGUUAGUGAAGGAAAGGGGGGUACUCGGGAGGCAGCUAGUGGUGCUGGUGUGGACGGGGAGACCGCGAAAGCGAAGGCGUCGGGCCCGGCCAGAAGUGCGUCUACGCCGAAUGAGAACAAUAGUAAAAUCGGGGCCACGGAAUUGGCACUCCUAGCUCAACGGGUCAAAAAAGCAUCGACAAACCCCACACCCACACCCGCCGUCUCUGAGCCCUCCUCGCCCACGGUGCAAAAACUGACUUCCAGAAGUGACAGUGAUUACACGCUCUUGGAUCAGAUUCCCGAGGCUCGGCCCCUGAAGCAAACCAAUAGGGCGACCAAAGAUGGACCGCUGACACCGGAGGGUGUACCGACGGGUGCAAAUGCCCAUUCUAAUCUCGAUAGUACGAAUUUGCAUCUACACACCACAUCCAAUUCUGCGACGUAUUUCAAUUUCAGCUUUGGGCGACAUGGCACGCAGGGUAUGGCCCUGGAGACUGGCGCGCUAUCUACCGCCGGGACUGCUGUAGCAGAGGGGAUGAUGGCGCAGGGCCAACACCAGCAACAACAACAACAGAAUCAACAACAACAACAACAACAACAACAACAUAAUCAUCAACAACAACAACAACAACAUAAUCAUCAUCAACAUAAUCAACAACAACAACAACAUAAUCAUCAUCAACAUAAUCAACAACAACAACAACAGAAUCAACAACAACAACAGAAUGCGCUACAGCCGCACACAAAGACGCAGCAACCUAUGCAGGAACCACACGAUUCAUCACAGCAACCUAUGCAGGAACCACACGAUUCAUCACAGCAAUACUACCAGUCUAAGCACCAACCACUGCCACAACACCAACAACACGAACAAACCCAACAAACCGAACAAAGGCCAAGGGAGGCGGAACUAGUGCAGGAGGCUGAGAUGAGACACGAGCUGUGGCUGGACUAUGAGACGCGCAUGGAGCACUUGAUCAUUGCGCUGACCUCACUGGAGUCACAGAACGACAUGCUGGCAGCCGAGCUGAGCUUAGAAACGUACAUGAAGGACAGGCACGCCAUGCAGGUGGGGCGACUGCGACGGGAUAUCAUGCGCACCAAGGUGAUUGACCACGAAUACAACGCACACAUCGACAACGUGCGCAAGGAAGUGAACGUGCUGCAAGACGCGUACGACAAGCUGUCGCACGAGUUUGCGCUCAGGAAGGCCCAAUUUGAAACGUAUGAAACGCAGAUGAAGGCCCAGAUGAACCAAUACCAUACGGAAAACCAAACAUUGCUUGCCAAUGCUAAUCUCGCCCUGGAGAUGGAGCAAGUGCAGACGCAACGGGCGACCGAAGCCAAAGAAGAGCUGGAGCGAUCGUACGCUGACAAUGUGGUGCUCCUGAGUCGCGCCAAGACGCUUUCCACACGCGAUGUUGCUUACCGAGAAUUAACGGGACAGAUACACAUACUCAAGGAAGAGAUUGAGAGCAAGAACCAACGACUGCGCGAGAUGGUGCAUCUGGAGAAGGAAAUGGCCGAGAAGGAGACAAGCGCUCACAACCAGGAACUACUACUGAACACGUGCAUGGCGGAAACGGAGAGUUACAGACGUAAAUACAAUCAUGCGCAAUCGGCGCUACAGGACCGAACUGCUGUCAAUCAGCAUCUGCGGACUAUGCUAGAUCAGCAAACGCAACUCAACGAAGAUCAAGCCAAACUUCUGAAGGACGUGAGAGCCUCUUCCGAAACACAAAGUGCCAUACUGCAGGAGAAGUAUACGGCCAUCAAGGCUGCCAACUACGCCAUGGAGAGUCGCUUGUUGGAACUCUACAUACACCACGAACAACCAGACGGCCCAGUUCUGUUGAAUCCUGUAGGCUCGGAAAAAAACAGACCCAGGGCAAACACUACCAGCACAACCACCACGCAAGGACAAGGACACUUGGCUGGCAACACUCUCACCCCGCUGAAAAGCGGAUGA